CGUUUCCUUUUAUCGACCUAUUUUUAUGCUUAUUUUAUCAUCAUCAUCACUUUCAGAAAAUGACUAAUAGUACAGUAUCAGUAAACCCCAGAUCAUUUUUCAUGAAUUACCAAUUAACAGCCACUUAUUGAUUAUUAUUAUUAUUAUUUUUUUGUUUUAUUUACUAGAAGAUGAGGAAAAGGGCUCGAAUCUCACAAAAUAAGGGGGAGAAUUAUGGUUUUAAAUCGAAUGAUUUUAUCAGUCGAAUGCCGGAUGAUAUUCUUGUCUCUAUACUUUCUCGACUGUCUCUUAAGGAAGCUGUAACCACUAGUAAUCUCUCAACAAGAUGGAGAUAUUUAUGGUGUCAAAUGUAUUCUUUGGAUUUUGAUGCCAAUGAGACGCUAGAUAAGAUAGCACUUGAUUAUAAGUUGCGUGUUGUAGAGAGGCCUAAAUUUAUCAAUUGGGUCAACCGUGUGACCAGACAACACAAGGGUCCUACCAUUGAUGAGUUCAAGAUUUGUUUUGAUUUAGAUAAGAGUUCCAAAAGUGCCAUUGAUAAAUGGGUUGAGUUUGCAUUAUCCAAAAGAGCUCAAAAGAUUGAAUUGGAUUUGUUAGAGAAUGGGGAGAUGCUUCGCCAACCUCCUCGAAACUAUGUUUUUCCGAUCAAGGUUUUUGAUAGAAGUGGGUUGACUGCUAAACGCCAAUCUUUGCGUAUUCCCAAAUCGGUUUGCGGCACAGAGAUGGGAAUAAAGUCUCUUAAAGCUCUCUUUUUGAAAUGUGUUAAUGUGAGUGAAGAAGCAUUUUCAACACUUCUAUUCAAUUGUACGGCUCUUCAAAAACUAUCUAUUCAUGGUUCGGAGGAUUUAGUAAAUGUUAAAAUUAGUGGCCAAUCACUUGUUUUGAAGUACUUUGAGUUAGUUUUCUGUUUUGGAGUUAAAUCCAUUGAGAUAACUGAUUUGAAUAUCGAGUCAUUUAGCUACUUAGGACCCGGGAUUAGUAUAAAACUCAGUAAUCUUCCAAUGCUUGAUGAAGUUUCAAUUGGUGAAGGGUAUUCUGGCUUUGAGAAUAAUGUUUUCGGGCAGAUAUCGUGUUGCAUUUCUUAUCUUCAAGUUCUUACAUUGGACAUUUACCGACCAGAGGAAAAUAUAAAGUUUCUUUCUUUUCCUGAACUACUGAAACUCAGGGAAUUGAUAUUGAAAGUUGGAGCAUGGGAUGAUGAUAGUCUCCUUGAGUUUACUUCUUUGGCGAAGGCAUGCCCAAAUUUGGGUAGAUUUGUGAUACAGUUAAUUUGGAUGUCACCAGCCAAGAGAAGAAGAAAAGUUAGGCGUGUGGCAAAGCAUUCCCAUCAACACCUUGAAGUCGUGGAAAUCGUGGGCUAUUAUGGCCGUAUCAGUGAUGUUGAACUAGCUGUUUACUUCUUUGAAAAUGCUGUUGCUCUCCAGAAAAUCGUAAUUGAUCCUCGAUAUCAGGUUUUGGAGAGAAUCUCAAAUGAAAAUUUUCGGUUGAAGAAGGAGAAAGCUGCUAGAUCUUGCGCCAAGAAGCAGCUUGAAUCAAGAACACCAGAAGGUGUUGAAUUGGUUAUACUCUAAUUCAAAACCAAUAUGAAAUGGUUGUGUGUUUUCAUGUUGAAUUCGAGUUCUCAUGUAGCAUUUUGUUUCUUUCUGUCCAUUUUUAUGACUUAUUUAUCUGAGAAAUGUUUCAUUUUUCGGUAAUUAGUGUCAAACUUUUGAGCCA